AUGGAGCAAGUAUCUCUUCCGGAUGUGGACGACCCGACAGCCAAUGCGAACACGCUGUUUGGCUGGCUGGAGCAGCAGCCGUCGGACGAGUCGAGCGAACUCGCGGAGGCGCUAUUUGUGCAGCUGCUGGACCGGGCGUCCAAGUCGCGGACGGCGUCGGUGAACGCAUGCACGAAGCUGGUGGGCUUUGUGCAGCACUGUGCGGUGCGUUCGGGCAGCCGCAGCAGUCCGACGCCGGUACGGGCCUGGGCCUUCCGGCCGGCCACGGCCGAGCGGCUCUUCCACUUCUACAUGGAGUGGAACGAGAAGGACCAGCACCGGUCGAUGCGGCUGGUCCUGGACCUGCUGGCACUGCUGAUCCUGCAGAACCCGGACGGGACGGUGGCGGCGGCGCUGCGGGCGCACAUUUUGCAGGUGCUGGCGGCGAUCAUCAGCCACCGAUCGACGCGGCCGUUGGUCAAGUCGUCGAUGGCGUCGCUGAACCACCUGCUGGCCAAGUCGGUCUUCACGCUCGACGACGUGGCGCGGGCCUACCGUCGGGAGGUGAUGGCCGAGACUGGUGCCUGCACCGACGCAGAGGACGGCGACCUCGCGCUCUGGCAGCAGUUCGUCCGCGACAUGUUUGCCUGGAUGACGCUGCACUACGUCUGUCCGGUGGCCGGGAAGCUGCUGGUCAGCGUGUUUGCCCACCUUCGCGCGGGCGCAGCCGUCACAGACGCGAGUCCAGACGGCUUCAAGGCCGCCCUGUGGCUGCAGUGGCUGCGCGACGGCCUGGCCGUCCACCCGCGCAUCCUCGAGGACGUCAAGCUCUAUUUUUUCAUCCCGCUCUUCAAGGCGGACCGCGACAGCUCGCUAGAGCUGCUGGAGGUGCUCAACACGACGCAGCCACCGACGGCGACCGCCGACGUCGACAGCAGCACGGUCCUGCAGCUGGCCGUGCUUGAGGUCGGCAAGAAGGCCGGGCUGGUGGAGGAUGCAGGUGGUCACGUGAUCACAGCGCCACCAACACAACAAAAGCACAAGGCGAAGCCACCACAACCGCGCGGCCGGACGGUGAUCCUGAACGAGGCCGUGCUGGACGAGGUGCUGGGACGGGCGACGGCAGACGUGCGGUCAGUGGCACUGUCGCUGCUGGUGUCGUCGCAGUCGACAACGCGGCCAUUUGCGGCGGGCGUGUUUGUGCUGCUACGGAAGCACCUGCCGGGCUACCACGCCGAGCCAGACGCCAAGUUCCGGUAUGAGCUGUUGGCGCACUCGCGCGACAUGGUGAUGCGGCUGAAGAGUGCGAUCGCGGCGAUGGGACGGCGGCGCGGAGGCGGCGAAGAUGGUCCAGACGGAGAGCGCGUCGACGAGACGCUCGGCCAGCACGAGACCUUUCUGGCCUGGUACCUCGGUUUUCUCUGCGGCGAGCUAGCGCCGACGGCAUCGUACCAGCGACACUUUACAGCGCUGCGGGCGACGGCGGCGCUGCUGCGGGUGCGGCGUGACGUGUCGGGCGGCGUGGGCGAUGCUUUGGACGACGUGUUGGCGAGGCGGCUGUGCGGCGACGCGGCCUGGUUGCGCGGCGUGCUGGACCUGCUGGUAGACCCAUUUGAUGACGUGCGCGAGACGGCCGCAUCGCUGCUGGAGCAGGUCGGCGGUGUGAGCGAGAGCGAAAUUCACCAUGCUCUCGCUGCUUUCAGCCGGCGGGCCGAUUCCUUGGCUGCACGCACCGCCCGCGCUGACCAUUCUGACGGCGCCGCACGCUGUCAGGGGCUGCUGGCCAGCUGGGCCGUCACCGAUGGGCUGAUCGGCCAGACGGCCAUCCUCGACGGCGUGUUGGACCGCCUCGAGGCCAAAUUGGUCCAUGCCGAGGCCGACCUGGGCGCGGCUGCCGUCAGCAGUCCGGUGCACGGCGACUUUGCAGCGGUACGGUAUGUAUGGGACGUGCUCGCCAGGCGGCCAUACGAUGGCCACGACAGGGCUGUUCUGGAGACGCUCAUGCUGCGCAUCGUGCGUUGCUGCGAGCGGGCAUGGCACGUGGUGCGUCACGUGCUUUGCGACAGCUCACCCGAGGGGCUGCUGCCGGACGCCAUGGAAGAUGUGACCGGGCUAGAUUCCAAGGACCUGCUGAGCUAUAGCUUCCGGGCAGUGAACGAGUCGAGCAACACGAUGCGAGCCAUCGUCGGCCAUCUCCGAUUCAGCCGAGUCAAGGGCACGUUGUGUCCGAGUCGGGCGGUAUUUGAGGCCGUGGGUGCGUUGUCGCUAGCCCAGCUGGCGGCCCUGCGUCACCGUGGCGCGCUCUCGGCCGUGGCCCAGACGUUCACGCUGUGCUGCCAGCUGACACAGGACCCGCUGAUCACGCCGGCCGACACGGCCUCUGCCGAUACGCUGCUGAUGGGCUGGUACCAGGCCACGCUCGACUGCAUUGCUCAGCAGGUCUCGACGACGCGGCGGUCUGCCGGCAUCCCAGCGCUCUUCUCGGGCGUUCUCGCGGCCAACGCCGCCCAUCCGUCGCUCGACGAGGCCGUGGCCACCGUGUCGGCCAUUGCACGGCAGCCGGCGCUCGUGCGCGAGACAGAUGGCUCGCGUCUGCCCCAGGUCCACGCCCUCAAUUGUCUGCGUGACGUCUUUCGCAGCUCCUUGCUGAGUAAGCGUGCCGAGAGGCUGCUGCCGGCCUGUCUGCAGUUGGCAGCGAGCAUGCUGCAAUCUGAGGUUUGGGCUAUCCGCAACUGUGGCCUUCUUCUGCUUCGCAGCUUGAUCGACUGUCUCUUUGGGACCGGCGAGUCCAAGGCUUCGCUCGAGUCUGGAUGGGAUGGCCGCACCAUUCGAGUCUCCUAUAACAAGCAUCCGACGCUGCCGGCUGUCCUGCUGACGCUGCUGACCGGCUCUGCCACCACCGGCCAGCUCGCCUCCCAGCAGGCUGCCGCCGAAUCCGUCUUCCCGGCUCUCGACAUCCUUCGACGUGCUGGCCCGCCCGACGACGCUGCCCGCCGCCUCGACCUCUACCGUGCCGUCGUCGCCCAUCUCGCCAGCCGCCUGUGGCAUGUCCGCGAGAUGGCUGCCCGCACUGUCUGCUCCUUUCUCGUCGCCCGCGACUGGGCCGCCGGUCUUGCUGAUCUGCUGUCGGCCGCCGCCGCUGCACCCGCAAACCUCUUGCACGGAACCCUGCUGGCCGUGCGCUUCAUGCUGGUCCGCACUGCCGAGGUCGCCCGGGACGAGCUGCCAGACAACCUUGUCCGUCUCUGCACCCUUCUUCACUGUCUGGCCCAGCAGAACAGCCUGGUGGCGACCUGUCCUGAGGUCGAGGCCGCCUUUCUCGAGGCUCUCAACACCAUCUCUGGUCUGGCUCUGGAGCUGGGCCUCUCCCUCCCGGACGAGCUGCCGACGUCUGUCUCCAACUCCACCCCCAGUUCCACCACCUCCGCCCUCCUUCGUGUCCAGCGGACCCUCCAGGCCAACUGUGCGGCCGUUCAUCGCCACGACCGCGACGCCUUGCAGCGCCUGCUGCUGGCCAGCCGCGCUGAUCCCGACACGGCCGCGCCACUACUGGACGCCGUGGCGCAGACUUGGUGGCGGCCGUCCGUGUCCGCCGACACGGCCGCCUGGCUGUGCGGUGUCUAUGUGGACGUAUGUGUGGCCGGGGGGCCGCCGUCGGCAGCUUCGGUGUCAUCACAGCUGCGGGCGACGGCGCUGGUGCAGCUGGCCGAAAUGAUGGACUAUUUGUUUGCGGCGAUUCCGUCAGCCGCCUCGCUCCUUCCCGAUGCUGCCACGCUCACGCGCCUCUGGUCGGCCGUUAGCAGCAGUCCCGAUCUCGGGCCGACGCUGUCAUGUGCCGUGCUGCGGGCCAGUGGGCCCAUCAUGGCUGUUCUCUCGUCCUCGACUUCAACCUCAAUCUCGACCUCGACCUCGAUCCUCUCCUCUUGGGCGACCAUGCUCGCCCAUGCCGGCGCUGCCGACCAGACGUUCGACGCGCGCAUGGCUGCUGCGCAGGCGCUCCGCUCGUUCUGCGCCGCUACUGCCGCCACGACAGACGAACAUGGCUUCCUGACCGUCGUGUUCUGUGUUUACGAUGCCCUCAACGACGACGACGACGAGAUCCGCGCCGUCGCUGCCGAGGCCGCCGCCACGCGCACGGUGCUCGACAUGCCGCUCGUGCCCGCCGAGGCUGCCCGCCAGCUGCCCGGCUGCAUGGCCACACGCUUUGGCCACCUGGCCGCCUUCCGGACUCAGGCUGUAUGGCGCAGCGUUGGCCAGGUCGAGACGACGACAACACCCCCUUCCACGGCCGCCAGCCGCCUCCAGGCUGCCCUCCUCUUCGACGACGCCCUCUUCUCGGUCGAGGAGCAGAAUCUGUACGUCGACGAAGUGCGCGAGGCCCGGCGCUGGGCUGCCGUCGUCAAGCAGCUGCCGGAUUUCGAGGACAUGGACAGUGUAUUGGUUUGGAUCGCCGACGGCCUUCAGGCGCUCGUCAGCCACGUCCAGGCCCUCGACGACGGCCCCCUCGGCUGGUCCGCCUCGCCCGCCGCUUUUGCCGUCUGUGCACAUCUGCUCGUCAGCGCUCGCGCCCUAAUCGUCGGCCACGGCAACAGCCAACAAGCCCGUCUUCAGGGCCUCCUCGACCAGUUUUGCUCAGCCGGCCAGGCCAAACACGUGCACGGAUUGUUGCUGCAGAUGGCCCAAGACUGA